AUGUGCCAGAUCUUUGUGCCAAUGCCUAGAGAGACUGUGGGUGAGAUCCGCACGCAGCUGGUAGAGCAGUUCAAAUGCUUGGAGCAGCAGUCUGAGUCGCGGCUGCAGCUGCUGCAGGACCUCCAGGAGUUCUUCCGGCGGAAAGCAGAGAUUGAGUUGGAGUACUCCCGCAGCCUGGAGAAGCUGGCUGAGCGGUUCUCCUCCAAGAUCCGCAGCUCCCGGGAGCACCAGUUCAAGAAGGACCAGUACCUCCUCUCACCUGUGAACUGUUGGUAUCUGGUCCUGCAUCAGACCAGGCGGGAGAGUCGAGACCAUGCCACCCUCAAUGACAUCUUCAUGAAUAAUGUCAUCGUCCGCCUCUCACAGAUCAGUGAGGAUGUCAUCAGACUCUUCAAAAAGAGCAAGGAGAUUGGCCUGCAGAUGCAUGAGGAGCUCCUGAAGGUCACCAAUGAGCUUUACACAAGCAAGGAGAUUGGCCUGCAGAUGCAUGAGGAGCUCCUGAAGGUCACCAAUGAGCUUUACACAGUAGUCACUGUAGGAAAACCCCCAAUCCCUUCCGGCAGCGACUUGGCUCUCAUUUCUACUCCUUUCUUCCUCCAGAGGCAGGCAAAGUAUUCUGAGAACAAGCUGAAAUGCACCAAGGCCCGGAAUGACUACUUGCUGAACCUGGCAGCCACCAAUGCAGCUAUAAGCAAAUACUACAUCCAUGAUGUCUCCGACUUAAUUGAUUGCUGUGAUUUGGGCUUCCACGCCAGCCUGGCCCGCACCUUCCGGACCUACCUCUCAGCCGAGUACAACCUGGAGACCUCUCGCCACGAAGGGCUGGAUGUCAUUGAAAACGCGGUAGACAACCUGGAUUCCCGAAGUGACAAGCAUACAGUCAUGGACAUGUGCAACCAGGUCUUCUGUCCUCCCCUCAAAUUUGAGUUCCAGCCCCACAUGGGGGAUGAGGUGUGCCAGGUCAGCGCUCAGCAGCCUGUCCAGACAGAAUUGCUCAUGAGGUACCACCAGCUGCAGUCCAGACUGGCCACUCUGAAGAUAGAGAAUGAGGAGGUUAGGAAAACCCUGGAUGCCACCAUGCAGACCUUGCAGGACAUGCUGACCGUGGAGGACUUUGACGUGUCUGACGCUUUCCAACACAGUCGAUCUACAGAGUCUGUAAAGUCAGCUGCCUCUGAGACCUACAUGAGCAAGGUCAACAUUGCCAAAAGGAGAGCCAACCAGCAGGAAACAGAAAUGUUUUAUUUUACAAAAUUUAAAGAAUAUGUGAACGGCAGUAACCUCAUUACUAAGCUGCAGGCCAAGCAUGACUUACUCAAGCAGACCCUGGGCGAAGGGGAGAGAGCAGAAUGUGGCACAACCAGGCCCCCCUGUCUUCCCCCUAAGCCACAGAAAAUGAGGAGACCUAGGCCUCUCUCAGUGUGUAGCCAUAAACUAUUUAACGGCUGUAUGGAAACAUUCAUUAAGGACUCAGGACAAGCUAUACCGCUUGUAGUCGAGAGCUGCAUCCGAUACAUCAAUUUAUAUGGACUCCAGCAGCAGGGGAUCUUCAGAGUGCCAGGAUCUCAGGUCGAAGUCAACGACAUCAAAAAUUCCUUUGAGAGAGGCUGUGCUCUGAGUGGGCCUCUCCCGGGGGUCCCAGCCCUGGAAUACUCCCUACUGAUCGUGAGGCUUCUCCUAGAGGAGCUGCCUCCCGAACAAACUCACCACCUCCCUGUCCCCCAAUCCCAUCCUGAGGUCUAG